AGCAUAAGCCCUGGGGGUCAGCGUGAGAGCCCUGUGGCUACCAGGUACCGCUCUGGGGGUGUCCGGGACCAGCAACAAUCCUAGGAAUGGAGGAGGGCUGAGUGCCAUGAAGCCAGGGCCGGCUGUCACCCUUUGGUGGGUGCUACUGCUGGCGUCCAGGCCGGGGGCUGCCAGGAAGGGAUCCCCAGAAGAGGCCUCCUUCUACUACGGAACCUUCCCACUUGGAUUCUCCUGGGGGGUGGGCAGUUCCGCCUUCCAGACGGAGGGCGCCUGGGACCAGGAAGGGAAAGGGCCGAGCAUCUGGGAUGCCUUCACACACAGCGGGAAAGGAAAGGUGCUUGGGGAUGAGACAGCAGAUGUGGCCUGUAAUAGCUACUACAAGGUCCAGGAGGACAUCAUUCUGCUGAGGGAACUGCACGUGAACCACUACCGAUUCUCCCUGUCUUGGCCCCGGCUGCUACCCACUGGUGUCCGAGGUGACCGUGUGAAUGAGAAGGGAAUCAAGUUCUACAGCGACUUCAUCGAUGCCCUUCUGAAGAGCAACAUCACCCCCAUUGUGACCUUGCACCACUGGGAUCUCCCGCAGCUGCUCCAGGUCAAGUACGGCGGGUGGCAGAACGCAAGCAUGAUCAGCUACUUCAGUGAUUACGCCGAUCUGUGCUUUGAGGCCUUUGGGGACCGGGUGAAACACUGGGUCACUUUCAGCGAUCCUUGGACAAUGGCAGAAAAAGGCUACGAGACGGGCCAGCACGCACCAGGCCUGAAGCUCCCCGGCACAGGCCUGUACAAGGCGGCACACCACAUCAUUAAGGCCCACGCCCGAGCCUGGCAUUCCUACAACACCACGUGGCGCAGCAAGCAGCAAGGGCUGGUGGGGAUUUCGUUAAACUGCGAGUGGGGGGAGCCAGUGGACAUCAGUAAUCCCAAGGACAUAGAAGCUGCCGAGAGAUACCUGCAGUUCUGCCUGGGCUGGUUUGCCAACCCCAUUUAUGCCGGCGACUACCCCCAGGUCAUGAAGGAGCGUAUUGGAAGAAAGAGUGCAGAGCAAGGCCUGGAUAUGUCGAGGUUACCAGUGUUUUCACUCCAGGAAAAGAGCUACAUUAAAGGCACAUCUGAUUUCUUAGGACUAGGUCAUUUUACAACUCGGUACAUCACAGAAAGGAACUACCCCGCCCGCCAGGGGCCCAGCUACCGGAACGAUCGUGACCUAGUAGAACUGGCUGACCCAAACUGGCCUGAUACGGGGUCUCAGCAGCUAUAUUCUGUGCCAUGGGGAUUAAGGAGGCUCCUCAACUUCGCUCAGACUCAAUAUGGUGAUCCUCCCAUAUAUGUGAUGGAAAAUGGAGCAUCCCAAAAAUUACACUGCACUGAAUUAUGUGACAAGUGGAGAAUUCAAUACCUUAAAGGAUAUAUAAAUGAAAUGCUAAAAGCUAUAAAAGAUGGGGCUAACAUAAAAGGGUAUACUUCCUGGUCUCUUUUGGAUAAAUUUGAAUGGGAGAAAGGAUACUCAGAUAGAUACGGAUUCUACUAUGUCGAAUUUAAAAACAGAAAUAAACCACGGUAUCCAAAGGCUUCAGUUCAAUAUUACAAGAAGAUUAUCACCGCCAAUGGCUUUCCCAAUCCAAGAGAGGUGGAAAGUUGGUACUUUAAAGCCUUGGAAACUUGCUCUAUCAACAACCAGAUGCUUGCUGCAGAGCCUUUGGUAAGCCACAUGCAGAUGGCGACGGAGAUCGUGGUACCCACAGUCUGCACCCUCUGUGUGUUAAUUGCUGCAGUUCUCUUAAUGCUCCUCCUGCGGAGCCAGAGCUGA